UUUGCCACGGCAGCACAACGGCAACAAACAAACAAGAGACGAUGACGCACAGCGGUGGUGCGGUCCUUCGAGUGUUGGCGCUGACGCUGGUGGUGGCGGUUCACGCUGCCAGCGCUGUCAUCCCGUGUCAUGACAUCCAAGGCCACCAAGCGUGCGUGUUGAUGCCCGAGUGUGAGUGGAGUGAGUUCCGUCAUGCGUGUCAUGAAAAAGGGGGCAGCCACCCAUGCAAGUUUCACGGCGACGAGCAAUCAUGCAAGGCAGACCCAGCCUGUGACUACCACGGCGACCUUGGCAUCUGCACAUCCAAAGGGGAGCCGGCGCCCUGCCACUACCGUGAGACGGCACAGGCGUGCCAGAAGCAGCCAGGGUGCGCCUUCAACACUGAGCUUCACCUGUGCCAUGAGGAAGGACAGCUGCCAUGCCACUCCUUGGGAAAGAAGGAGUGCGAACCAGCAGACAACUGCCUGUGGUUGGAGGAGGCCGGGCUGUGCAUCGGCAGUGAUGAUCUGAGGUGCCACUUCUUCUCCUCAGCCGACACCUGCAGAAGCCGCUCCGAGUGUCACUGGGACGACACCACCAGCCAGUGCAUCCACGAUGUCUUGAAGGAUGCAUGUGACCACGUGCACGUGGAGGACGCCUGCCGCGCACAGCCAAACUGCGAAUGGAUGAAGGACUUCAACUACUGCAAGCACAAAGACGUGCCUGUCCCGUGCUUCCGGCACUCGUCCCGCCGCACAUGCGAGCGCGAUCCAACGUGCGAAUACACGCGCGGUGCAAACGCCUGCCACACCAAAGGUGCCACUGUGCCGUGCAGUCGGUUCUUUGACAGCGAGGGUUGCCACGCCGCCCAACACUGCAGAUACGACAACCACCUGCGCGCAUGUGUUGGCAAGGACGAGGAGAUCCCGUGCAAUCGCUUUGCGGAGCGGGAGUCUUGCCUAAACGCCGGCUGUGAUUUCUACAGGCACGUGUGCAUGGACAAGGGGCAGCGUGCCCCAUGCCACACCUACGAAACGCCGUUUAAAUGCAUGCAGGCAGGCUGCGAGUUUGACUACGAGGAGGAGACGUGCAUUGACGGCGUGAACCGGGAGACGCUGGACCGCAUUUCCCACCACGUGCACCGACAGCGGCCCCCAACGCGUGCCGAGAUGGGCUGCGAGCACGCGUCGUGCGGAGAGCUGCCGACGUGCUCGGGCGACACGACGUUGGCCACGCCGAUGUAUGACUGCUGCCCGCGCUGCUCAUAUCCGCGCGACGUCUGCACCAUGUUCCUGGACCAGUCUGCGUGCCCGCGCGAGUGCGAGUGGCACCCGGUUGAGUUUGCGUGCACUGAAGUUGGUGGCCAGCCGCCGUGUCACCGCUGCUUCGACGAGACGAUGUGUGAGGAGCGGAAAGACGAGUGCGAGUGGCAUUCAUCUGCGUUCGUGUGCACGGAGAAGGGCGAGAAGCCGCCGUGUUGGCGUCUGAGUGCACAGCGGUCGUGUGAGGCAAACGACUGCACCUGGGACACGGAGGCACGCAUGUGCCACGAGGAGGGUGUGGCGAUUGCCUGCGAGCAUCUGCCCGAGACGAGCUGUCGAGCGGCGGAUGGGCGGUGCAUGUGGGACCCGCACGCGUACAUGUGCCACGAACCAGGGGAGGCGCCCGCGUGCUCGUCGUACACGACAGAGGCCGCGUGCCACUCAAACGCCAAUCGCUGCGAGUUCAUCCCGAGUGCGGACCGCUGUCUGCCCAAGGGCCACGUCCCACCAUGCCACAUCUUCCCAAAGAGCGAGUGCAGUGAGCAGGAUCACUGCAAGUAUGAUGGGAUGCUGCGCGAAUGCAUCGAUGACUUUGACUUUGAGCCGCUCCCGUGCCACGAGCACUUUGACGAGGAGGACUGCAACACGGACGACACCUGCACCUGGGCAAAGGAGGCGCUCGGCUGCUUCGUCAAGGGCCAGGAAGUGCCAUGCGACCGUAUCUUUGAGCAGGAGAACUGCCAGGGCCCGCGCUGCCAGUGGUUCCCAGAAGGGCAGCGCUGCCUCUCCGCCGGCGAAAACGUCCAGUGCGCACAUGUGUUUGACAAGGAGUCGUGCGAGAAGAUUGGGUGCGAUUUCCAUGACGACGUUGGCGUCUGCACAAACAAAGGUGCAAAGACGGACUGCAACUUCCUCCACGAUGAGGAUGCCUGCAAGCAACGAGAGGACUGCCACUGGGACGGGCUGGGGCAAGCGUGCAUGUCCGCAACAUCUGAGCACCGCUGCUUUGCGUCAAACUCCGCAAACGAAUGCAGAGCCAUGGACUUUUGCAAGUGGAUUGUCGGCGAGUCGCGGUGUGUGUAUGUGCACGAGGGCCAGACGGACUGCGGCGAAUUCACGCAGCACGCAUCCUGCUCAGAAUUCGACGAUUGCGAGUGGGACAUUGACGCGCGCGUGUGUCAUCCAAAGGGGGAGCUCAAGUGCAAGCACAUCCACGAGCCCGAACCAUGCAUGCGCGUUGCCAAAUGCGCUUGGGAUCAGCAUACGCAGCGCUGCCGCCGUCUCAAGAAGCCGCGGCACGUGGAGCUCUAAGCAUACGUGGGUGCGUGGAUGGAUGGACGGAUGUGUGUUGUUGUGCUUUGUGGUGCUGUGUUGUUUGUCAUCGCGUGACCAAUGAACCAACAAACGAACGAA